AUGAUUUUCCUCGCUCGAAGAAAAGACGAAAAAGACGAAAAAGACGACAAGGAAGGGCAAAGAGCAGAACAACCGCAGGACGAAGACGACGCAGAAGACGACGGACAGGGAGGAGGGCCCAGGAAUGAGACGUCUCUCUUCUCGCGGCGCCGGCCUGUAAGUGGCUGCGAUGCGCAGCGAGGGCAGACCGAUGUUUGGGCCCAUGAUUGGCUAACAGUCGAGCAGGUUGUUCCCACUCGUUGCUUUUUCUUUUGCUGCGUCUCUGGCUCUCCACUCGCAUACCCAGAGAUGCCAUCCAGGCCAGGCGAGUUCAUACCCAACUUCCGCGCUCCAUCCAGCGACUCACAGCUCCCAGACGAUGGAUGUCGUGUUCCCUGA